AUUCUUUCUUUUCUUUGUUUUUGCAUGUUUGUGAGGUCAUCUUCUUCUAUAUUAAUAAAAAGUAUAGGUUUCUUUUUCUUAAUCUAUAAUAUAAUUGUGUAACAAGAAAACAAGUUCGAAUAGUUUAUUGAAAGAAACUUUGGGUAGACACAUCUGUUCAUGGACCCCAAGGAGGUAUCAAACUUCUUGAGCCACCCAAAUCCCAACAACGACAAUAUCAGUAACAACAACGACUUGCAGAUUGGAAUUGCAGAAAAAGAUGAAGCUAAGAAGCAAGAGUUGGCUCCAAAAAGAAGUUCCAAUAAAGAUAGGCACACUAAAGUUGAAGGAAGAGGAAGAAGGAUUCGCAUGCCUGCUCUUUGUGCUGCUAGGAUUUUCCAACUGACACGUGAAUUGGGUCAUAAAUCUGAUGGAGAAACAAUCCAGUGGCUGUUGCAGCAAGCGGAGCCAUCCAUAAUUGCUGCAACAGGUAAUGGAACAAUUCCAGCCUCAGCUUUAGCCGCGGCUGGACCCUCUGUUUCGCAACAGGGGAUCUCUGAAUUUAAUAGUAGGAGCAGUUGGCCUAUGGUUAUUGGAAAUUUUGGAAGACCCCCAUCUGGUCCUGACGUCAGUAAUUUUGGCCAUAAUUUGGGGACUGGAAGUGCUUCAAAUUGUCUGCAAAAGAUUAGCUUCCCUGGGUUUGAUCCCAAUUUGAACCCUAUGAGUUUUGCAUCUAUGUUGGGAGCAACUAACCCCCAGCAGUUACCUGGAUUGGAGCUUGGAUUAUCACAAGAGGGUCAUAUUGGGGUUAUGAAUUCUCAGUCGUUGAACCAGAUUUACCAGCAGAUGGGGCAUUCAAGAAUGCAACACCAUUCACAGCAGCAGCAACCUUCUCCUGAGGAUGAUAAUUCUCAAGGACCAGGACAGUAAAGCUUUCACAUACAUAUUCCAAUUUGGGGGUGCAUAAAGUGAAAUUGGAGUUUUCUGAGCUAGGUUUUUGAAUGGGAUUUCCGGCACUGAAUUAAAUAGCUGGUUGCCCGGAUGAAUUCAGACCCUCAAUAAAUGGAUAGCUCCACCAAUGAGCUACCAGAAAGUCAAUGUAGAUGGAGAUGCAAUAAACUAUGAGGCGAAAAUUAUGGCAUCACUUGCAGGAAAAAUAAUCAACUGAAGAGGUCUGGGACUCAAUCUAACUGUCUACAGUUGCUAGCCAAACUAGCUUUCUAUAGAAGAUCUAAGCUUCAACGGAAAGUUCCAUCCUUUAUUUAGUUCAAUGUUCUUGAAAAGUGGCUCCAGAAUUGACACUUCUACCUUCAGUGAAAAAGGUCAGUGCUUUGCCGGGCUUCUUAUUCAUUGAAGUCAUCAGGCAGUUAAUUCAUCCAAGUAAGCCUUUCACUUAUAAGUUAUAACCCUUUGCUUCAUAACCAAACAAUGUUAUUGAGAAAUGCAUUAUAUUUCUCGUUGUAUGGCCUCAAGUUGUUUACAUUUUCAGUGUUUAUGUUUUAUCUCUAUACAACAUUGUGUAUUAUUCAUGGAGUAUGUUGUUAGAAGUGCCUAUGCUUGAUAUGAGGUGACAGAAUUUUCAAGUACAUUACUAGACUUACGGAAGUUCAUGUUAGAUGUCUAAAUUUGGUGUUUGCACUUGGUCGCUCUGUGCCAAUUCAUAGGCAUGUGCAUCUAUACUAUGCUGCUUAGGUAAUUGGUACAGAAGCAAGUAUAUAAGAGAACAAUUUCAUUGUCUGGGAAGGGGCUAAGGAAUUACAUAAAAGUACUAGGAAAUGGUACAGCUUUAAGUUUCUAUCCACCAUUAGCAUAGCUAGAUCGACGUCCUUAUCAAAUUCCUAUACAUUCUUUAUUCAGCUCCUUUUAGUAGAAACAGAAGCAAGGGUUAAUAUAGAAAAAAAUAUUUUUCUUUGUUCAUCUUUAAAUCACCUUAUCCCCCAAUAUAAACUCAGUGUGAUAAAUCUGGAGAGGCGUUGAUUUAUUUAGGUUAGGGGAUGGUAUCUUAAUAGAUUCAUAACACAUCGAAGAAUCAAAUGAAAGAGUUGUCAUUUAAUCAUUUGUUCAGUCAUGAUUGUGACGAUGUUGGACGCCUUACAACAAGAUUACAUACUAGCAGGGGCAUUUCUAUUGCAGUUGCGAUCUCAAGGAUGAGAAGUCAUACAUAUAUGCUGGUCCUUGCAGCUUCCUAUGAUAACAGAAAAAAAGAUGUAAAAGAAAUCUAGUGGUCUUAUGGAUGAUGUCUUUCACAAGUGUGGCAAAUUUCCCAUCAUCUCUAGCCUUGUUCCAGUUGAAAAGUACUUUCUAGUACUAUGGCUGCUACGGUUCUGAAGACUCAAAUUGAUCAUAAACACCGUUAGUAUUUUGCAAAUAUAGCCAAGGGACUCCCUGUAUAUGUAUGGUAUAAGUGCAUAUACAGAUAGGCUUUGUACAAUGUGUAGUCUGAAAAGACAAAAAGAACAAACUGUAAUGUAAUAUAUGCAAGAAAGUAUGAUCAACAGCAGAAUCAGUUAGCAUGAAGGAAUGAUACAAAGAUCAUGUCAAUGGUACUUGUAAUAUAUUCAAAUCUGUAGAGGCAUGGAAGGAAGACAUUGUCAUCGAAUGAAUUUUUGUAUAAAGUAAACAAAAGAUGGGUGCGAUUUUGCUUUCUCAUAUUCAAUCAUCUUCUACUGGAA